AUGUCCGCAACAUCCUCCGCACCUUCCCCUAAGCCAGGUAUGGCAUGCCUUGGUUGUCGGCAGCGAAAGCUCAAGUGCACCAGGGAGCCCCGGGGUUGCAGGAACUGUACGAAAUCAGAAUUACCAUGUAUAUAUCCUCCGCCAGAAACAGGUGCGAAACGCAAGCGCGGACCUUACAAGAAAGACAAACCAGCACGCGAGCGACAUCUGGAGCAGAUUGUUAAGUAUCUCGAACCCACUAACGGCACGUAUAGCGACCUGCCGACGCACCUCAAGGUCAGACGCUCGACUACCGGUGAGUCUAAUGAUGCUGUGUCGGGUGAGAACUCAGAUCAAGAAGGCGCCUUCGAGGCCGGCGCAGAUACCAGUGAGCUCGUAAAGGAUGCACUUAUCGCUCUGACAACGUCUUCGGUGCACGAGAUGCACUUUCACGUAAUCGAAAGCAUGGCAGGUAACGCUAAUGGGCGACCGACCCAGGAAAGUAGUCUUGCAGUACGGACUACUGUGCAUCCGCCGGCACGCAUUUUGAUGGAGUACUGGCAUCUCUUCGUCGAAAGGGUCGACCCUUUAACUAAGAUCAUUCACUGUCCCACAUCCAUGAAACAGCUUAUUGCUGCAGCGGACCGGCUGCAACCCCUGGAGUCUGCACAGGAAACCUUACUCUUCAGCAUCUACUACAUUGCCGUCAGCACGUGCACAGCAGACGAAGCGCGAAGACGCUUUCAUGAGAGCCGAACCUCUUUACUCCAGAGAUAUGGCCGAGCAGUAGAGUUAAGCCUUACAAAUACGUACGGCACCCCUACCCUCGAAAUCCUGCAGGCUCUCGUACUAUAUAUGAUCGGUAUUCGGCGGCAGGACGAUGCAGCACGGCUGUCGGCUUUCUUCGCUCUGGCUGUCCGCUUAGCACAGAUGAUGGGCCUGAACAAGGACCCGACAACGUCAGUCAGACCAUUCGCCGCCGAGCUGAGAAGGCGUCUGUGGUGGCACAUAUGCGGCCUGGAAUCUCAGGCGGCGGAGGAGACGACAGGUAGGAAAACGAGCAUUAUGGACGACAGCAAUGUGCGCCUUCCUGCCAACCUCAACGAUAUCGACCUAGACCCACACCUUGCUCGAGUGCCCCUACCCAGAUCCGGAGCCACGGAUAUGACGUUCAGUCUAAUCCGCUUCGAGAACUUUCGUUAUGUGCACAGCAUGUGGGCCUUGAAGCGACGGACUAACCCCAGCGAGCCCACACAACGAGCAGAGUUGGAGUCUCUUCAGAGGCGCUAUCAAGCGCGGCUAAAGGCAGAGUAUGAGCAAUACCUCGAUAAGUCGAGACCCUUUGAUUUCUUGUGUCUUACAUUCGCUGCUAGCAUGAUGCACAAAGCGAAGAUGAUGGCCGAAUACCCGUUUGGACAACCCCCAACCAGCGAGAUGAGUCCGUCCGCACGCCACCGGCUGCUGCACUCAUCCGUGGCCAUCAUUGAAGCUACGCAUUUGCACGCUAUGGAUGAGCGACUGCGCUCAUGGCAUUGGUUCUUCCGUGGCUAUGUGCAAUGGCAUUCAAUGGCCAUCGUAGUGGCAGAGCUGGGCCGGAGCACUAACGUGGAGUUCAGCAACACUGCGUGGGCUGUCUUGGAUCCAAUAUUGGGUGAUUGGGAGCGCAUGUAUGCGACCAAGGCGGGCGAGGCAUCCUGGGAGCAUGUCAAUACACUGAUUGUUCGCGCCAAAUAUCAACGACAGCAGCUCCUGAGCAGGUCAAUCCCAGACAUCGCGCCUACACCGGCCUCGCAGCUCCUCAAUGGCGACGGAGCAGUACAGCACGGUGUCGAUGCAGCAUCAUCAAACCUUCAACAAGCGGUGGACAUUGGCCUUGCUAAAUCGUCGUUACCGGUUUCGGUCAGCAUGCUACAGCACAUACCAGCCUUACCAUUCCAGAGCGGAACGACUUCGUCCGAGGAUCCCACUCUUUCGUGUGCACCGACGGCGAUGGACUUUGAGCUGGACUUCAGCACUCUCAACGACUGCGAUAUGAUUGACUUCCAAGCUUUCGACGCCGUCUUCGGUAACGCGUGGGAUCUGACUGACCCCUUUGUGAACCUUGCGGACGCGGAGCAGACGCUCGACGGACCGUUUCAGGCUGGUAGCUAUGGAUGA